AUGUCCUCCAUGUCCUCCUUGUCGCGCGUGUCCACAGCGCGCACGCGGGGCGACUAUACGCCUCUGACUGUGGAGAACUUGUCGAGCGCUUGUCGGCCCGAUUCGAGCGUGUCAAUAACGUCUGAUGAAUCCGACGGAAGCCUUGAAUCGGCCAGUCUAGCUUCGUUCUCUGCGCCCAAGUUAGCUUCACCUCCGAAGCUGGUGCAGUGUCAAGAAUGCCGCAUUUCCCUCUUAGACGGAGAACACCACUUCAUCGUGGAGGUCAACAUCGCGGUCACUCUUUGCAGCAACCCGCGCUGCCUGUCGCGCUGGUGUUGUAAACUCUGCGGCUACUCGAGAUUUCCCUGCGACCACGUCACCAACCCGCCGGAUGACCUGGACGACACCAUCCAUGCGCCGCUCUCAUCCUAG